UACAUGGAUCGUCUAUACAACCUGUCAAGUGCUGCCCAGCGUGGAACUUUGUAUAAUAUCAGGGACAAAUUCAGCCACAAGAAUGUUAAGACGAAGGUGUCUUCCUGUAUAAACCAUGCAGUGGAUUUACUGAAAAUCACCACUGAAAGCAUGGCUAACCUUGCGAUGAAGGUUCUCCACAUGGAUGACAGGCACAGUAUUCCUGCGGAUUGUCCCUCACUAUCAGCGUCUGUAGAGGAACGUACAGAGUUCAUCCAGACUGCUGAGAUAAUCGUUGAUGAAAUGUGGCCCAUGAUUGACCAGGUGAAGUUACAAGUGGCCUGCAAUGGAUAUGAGAAGCAAGACAAACGUAAAGACGAUCGUUCCUUUUGCCACUGUGGUGAAGAUCAAGGCGGCGUUUGGAUCGAGUGCAGCGCCAGAAGACAUUACAGUUGCAGAAAAUGGUACCACUUGGAUUGUCUUUGCCUCACUGAAGACGACAUCGAUGUCUAAGACGAUUGGUGGUGUGGCGAUCCAUGCAGAUGCUAUAGCAUCUUCUGCUGUUGUCGCAGAAUGUUGAAGGAGCGGCUUACGUUGAGUGUUUGAGGGGGGAAUGUUGCACUGCCUCUCAGUGGUACCACUUACAUUGUGUUGGGUUGUCUUCUGUUCCAG